CGCUUGCAAUUCGGCUAAAAAUCUACAGUUUUAAAGCUCCAAUUCUACAAAAAGUAGAUACUAUUUCUAAGUGCUAAACGUGUGCUUCACGCUGAUUCCAACUUUUUCGCGGCUAGCUGUGGUAAAUAAUAUAAAUCAGCAACCCUGGAUAAGAUGGCGCGUUACCGUGAGUGGGACCUGCAGUGCAAGGUUUACGUGGGCAAUUUAGGAUCAUCGGCGUCGAAGCACGAAAUUGAAAGUGCGUUCGGCAAGUAUGGACCCCUACGGAAUGUCUGGGUUGCACGAAACCCUCCCGGUUUUGCCUUCGUUGAAUUCGAGGACAAAAGGGACGCUGAAGAUGCAGUUCGUUCCUUAGAUGGAACGCGGUGCUGCGGAACUCGCAUCCGUGUGGAGAUGUCGUCUGGACGGUCCCGUCGGGAUGAACGCACACGCAGGCCUCGCCGCUCAUACAGAUCUCGAUCACCACGUCGUUCCAGAUCACGCAGCCGCAGCAUGAGCCGUGAGCGCGACCGCGAUCGUCGUAGCCGCAGUGGAUCGCGCGAUCGCCGCUAAAAGGGUGUACUGGUCGGUGAAAGAUGACGUCGGCCCCGAAGGAGACUAUGAUAGGUGACCAAGGAAUGCUAGUGUAAAGAGAGACAGAGCGAGCGAGCAACCUAUUCGUGCGGAUCUGCUAGCCGUAAGGAUUUCGGCACGCGUGAGUUUUCUCGUUUUCCGUUAUUUUGUCAUACCACGGAUUGAAAUAAUCGGAAUUAGACGAUAAGCAACGACGAUGGACAGAACAAACAAAAGCAGAAGCAAACCACUCCCACUCCAGUAGAACUGUACAACUAAUACCCCCAGCUUUAUUAAACUGGGCGGAAGAGAGACGACACCGUUACGUUCGUUGACGUAGGCGAAUACCUUGGAAAAUGGUAAACGGAGUUUUAGUUGUACGUAAGUAAUGAAGCAAACGUCACUGAAGAAAAUCUUCUCUAUUCCGAGAAGGACAGUUAUCACGAUAUCUUAAAGUGUGCGGUAUUCAUAUUUUACAAUUAUCCCUUCUUAUAAAAAAAAUUCUUCUGGCAAAAUUACGGCUUGAGGAGAAUAAUCUCGAUGAUGUGCCGGAUGGCAAAGUGAACAUGUACCCUACAUUUAUAUUUUAUUUGUGAACGGUUUCGUAUUUUUUCUUUAUGCCGUUACACAUCUACCAGAAAUAUUAGUAAUUUUUGAUAGAAAGUAUAUGAACUACUUUUAUUGCAAAUUGCGAGCAACGCAAUACUGCAAAACGCAUUUUUUAUUGUCUGCAGAUUUUGAACAUUAACACUUGCCAGCCAAUAGACUAAAGGGCGAGAACGAAAAUAGAAUUUAUGAGCACAGUCAUGCCCCAUGCCCCUGGGAGGAAAAUCAAAACGCUAUAUUUUCGAUUUUGAGUAUUUUCUCUCCGUACGGUUUUAUUUACGUGGCGAACUACAAACAAUAGUAGAAAGUAAUUUCGACGGGGGAAAUGCAAUGGUGUAUAUCGUGCGUGAGUGUGUCUGUAUUAAUAGGAGCUUUGCCCCAAAGGCUUCCUCAUUUGGCUGCUUUGCCGAAAGUGCGACGCAUCCCCAUAACAUCUUUUUUUCUCUCUGGAAUUAAAUACUUAUUUAGCGAUUUAGAAUUUAAAACUAACGAUAUAUGGUGAAAAAUAGACGGUACAGGAAGUACA